AUGUGGAAAACCAAUCCAAGACUGCUAAGCAAGGAAAUUCCAGGAUUAGAUUCUCCUUAUAAAAAGGAAGCUGGAGAAACACUGGGAGCUGUGGACCCCACUGGAAUCCUAGCCGUUGACUUAUCUUUAGUGAAUAAGGAUGAAGAAGCCAUCUAUUUCUUGGGAAAUUCUCUUGGCCUUCAACCAAAAACGGUUAAAACAUAUCUGGAAGAAGAACUAGAUAAGUGGGCCAAAAUGGGAGCCUAUGGUCAUGAUGUAGGGAAACAUCCUUGGAUUAUAGGAGAUGAGACUAUUUUAGGACUUAUGACUGACAUUGUAGGAGCCAAUGAGAAAGAAAUAGCCCUAAUGAAUGGUUUGACUGUUAGUUUACAUCUUCUAUUGUUAUCGUUUCUCAAGCCUAUGCCCAAAUGGUAUAAAGUUCUCUUAGAAGCUAAAGCCUUCCCUUCAGAUCAUUAUGCUAUUGAGUCACAGCUUCAACUUCAUGGACUUAACAUUGAGAAAAGUAUGCGGCUUAUAAAGCCAAGAGAGGGGGAAGAAGCACUGAGAUUAGAGGAUAUCCUUGAAGUAAUUGAGAAUGAAGGUGACUCUAUUGCAGUGAUCCUGUUCAGUGGUCUGCACUUCUAUACUGGCCAGCUCUUUAAUAUGCCUGCCAUCACGAAAGCCGGACAAGCAAGGGGUUGUUCGGUUGGCUUUGAUCUGGCACAUGCAGUUGGAAAUGUUGCCCACUUACAUGAGUGGGGAGUUGAUUUUGCCUUCUGGUGUUCCUACAAGUAUUUAAAUACAGGAGCAGGAGGUCUUGCUGGUGCCUUUGUCCAUGAAAAGCAUGCCUAUACAAUUAAACCUGCGUUAGUGGGAUGGUUUGGCCAUGAAUUAAGCACCAGAUUUAAGAUGGAUAACAAACUGCAGUUAAUCCCCGGGGUCAAUGGAUUCCGAAUUUCAAAUCCUCCCAUUCUAUUGGUCUGUUCCUUACAUGCUAGUUUAGAGAUCUUCAGGCAAGCAACUAUGAAAGCACUGAGGAGAAAAUCUGUUUUGCUAACUGGUUAUCUGCAAUACAUGAUCAAGCAUCACUUCAGCCAGGAUAAAGCAGAAACCAAGAAAACAGUUGUGAACAUAAUUACUCCAUCCCAUAUAGAGGAUCGCGGCUGCCAGCUAACCCUAACAUUUUCUAUUCCAAUUAAAUAUAUUUUCCAAGAACUAGAAAAAAGAGGAGUGGUUUGUGACAAACGGGAUCCAAAUGGGAUUCGAGUGGCUCCAGUUCCUCUCUACAAUUCUUUCCAUGAUGUUUAUAAAUUUAUCAAUCUGCUCAUUUCUGCACUUGACUCUGCAGAAACAAAAAGUAGCCGAGUUUUCCAUAGCAACUUAAGCAAAUAAUA